GUAAGGGAUGGAGACUCUGACUCCUGGCGCCGGGAACCGGGGGAAGGGGUUGGCUCCCCAGAGGCAGGGAUGCCGUCGGGGUGCGGGUGCGGCGUCGCUAGGAGACGCGCCUGUGUGACCCCAGCCUCGCGAGGGCGGCUUGGUGUCAUCGCCACUAGCCUCGGGGACCUGGCUCCGGGAAAUGGGCGAGGAGAGGGAGGCUUGGUUUGGGGGUCCCUCUGAGACUUCUCUGAACCUUUUGGAUCCCCGAAUGUAGAUGCGAGAAGACGGGGGCAGUUUUGGGGGCGAGAGGCGCCUGGCUUAGGCAGGUCGGCCUAAACUAGCUCCCGCACGGAAACGGAGACUUUGUAGGACACUUGAGAGUCAGCGUCGUACCUCCCUGAUCAGCCGACUUGAGAACAUUUUAGUGCAGGAGUCAACAAGUCAAUCAAUUCAGAAGAUAUCCACAAGUGAGAAAUGCCCGGUGCAGAGAUGGAAGAUGGUGGGAGGGCUGCUCUACAUAGGGUGAGACUGUCAGAGGUGGUCACGGUUUGAGAAGAAGGAAGAAUGUGCUUUCUAGGUGGAGAAAAGAGCUGGUGGGAGGACCACGUGGUUGAAGCAGAAAUGGGCAGUGUUCAGUGUUGAAGCUGAAGAAUUGGCAAAACCUUUUUGCCCAAGGCAAGGAUUUGGCUUUUGUGGUACCAAAGGAUUUUAAGUAGGAUAGUGACCUGACCUGAUUUACAUUUUUUUAAAAAAAUCACUGUAGCCUGGCUGGGUGGUAGCUCAGUGGUAGAGCGCUUGCCUAGCAAGUGUGAGGCACUGGGUUCAGUUCUCAGCACUUUAUAUAUAUAUAAAUAAAGGUCCAUCGACAAUUAAAAGAAUAAUUUUUAAAAAAUCACUCUGGCUGCCGGAUGGAGAAUGGUAGUCAGACCUGUGGAGAGGCUGUUGCCUUAGGCCAAGGGAGAGGUGACAAUAGUGUUUGUUGAAAGGGCCUUCAUUGUGGAAAGAGAGAGAAAGAGAUGGGGAGUAUUUUUGGAGUUUGCAGGACUUGCUUCCAAUUGGAUGUGAAGUGUGUGGGAGAGGGUGGAACCCAGGGAUCACUCCCAAAGUGAAAAGAGUUUGGAAAAGAAUGUUGUUAAGUUCUCCUGAACAGAGCUAACAAUGAAAGAUGUUGAGAGAAGUCAGGUAUUCAAGUUAGGGGGAAAGUAGUAAUUGGAGAUAAUAAAUAUGUGUGUGUGUGUGUGUGUGUUUUGGCGGAGUCUGUUCCUCGGUCACCUAGGAACAGGGUAGAGAUUCCCAAACUCCUUGGGCUUGUAACACUUAGAGAUUACCCAGAGAGGGAGAGACCAGUAAAGGAGACUUAAUAUGGACAAGACAUCAAAGAUAAAAGAAGUCGUCCCCCUUAAUAUACUGGAAUAAUGGACCCACCCUCAUGAUGUGAGAUGCAUCCUCAAAGGUCUGGCUCAAAUCCUUCCUUCCUCUCCCAGCUGUCAGUGCUUUUGGACUUAUGCACAGUGGGUCUGGAGAUGACAACAGCAACACGACAAGAAGUUCUUGGCCUCUACCGCCGGGUUUUCAGGCUUGCAAGGAAAUGGCAGGCGGCAUCAGGGCAGAUGGAAGACACCAUCAGAGAAAAACAGUACAUACUCAACGAAGCAAGAACACUGUUCCAGAAAAACAAAAACCUCACAGACAGAGACCUGAUUAAACAGUGUAUAGAUGAAUGCACAGCCAGAAUUGAAAUUGGACUACAUUACCAGAUUCCUUACCCAAGGCCUAUUCAUCUGCCUCCAAUGGGCCUUACGCCACUACAAGGCCGGGGACUUCGAACCCAGGAGAAACUGAGGAAACUUUCCAAACCAGUGUAUCUCAAGUCCCAUGAUGAAGUUUCUUAACCAGAAGUCAGUUUAUUUCCAAGAAUGAUGAGCCGUCUCUGUCUUAAAUGGAAACCAAAAUAUAGCACUCUUCACCUUGAUUAGGGACAAAAAAACAAGCUUCUUCUUCGGACCUCCACAACUAGUCCUCAUCCAUAGCAUGUGUCUACACAUCCCAAGGGUUUGUUUGGGUCUUGCUGCCUGAGCAGAUGGCAUUAACCCUAGAGGUCACUGAAGUCACCUUUGGAAACAGGUGGGAGGAAAGCUAAAGGUGAUGAAAUUUUUCAUGGGACUGCUGUUUGCCACACAUCAGCCAAUGCAAAGCAUCAGUUGUUGGCAUAGAAGUUCUUUUGGCUAUUCAAAAACUAUAAACUCCUUCAAGAUAUUUUUUUAAAGGAGACUUAUUUUUUGUACUGGCAACUGGGAUGUUUUACCACUGAGCUACAUACCCAUGCAUGGCACCCACCUUCCCACAUCCCGUUUGAUUUUGAGACAGGGCCUUACUAAGUUGCUGAGGCUGGCCUCAAAUUUGUGAUUCUACUGCAUCGGCCUCUUGAGUUACUGGGAUUAUAGGCAUGUGCCACUAUACCCAGCAAGCAAAAUGUUAUGGAUUUACAUAAAAAUGGUUGUUUCUGUGUGAGCUUGUUUAUAGUCUUGUGAUCCUUUCAAUUUCCAGAUGAACUCCCUUUAAAAAGUAAGAUUGAUCAUGGGGUUUCAAUCUGACCAUGGAAAUUGUAUGUGACACCUAUGCCCCCCCCCAUACACAAAAGCACAUGCCUUAGUUAAAUGUAUGUUUAUCUUUGUGUGUGUGUGUGUGUGUGUGUGUGUGUGUGCGCGUGUGCGCACGUGGUAUGGUACUAGGGAUAAAACCCAGGGCAUUCUACCAUUGCGCCACAUCCCAGCCAUUUUUAUUUUUUGAGACAGGAUCUCCCUAAAUUGCAGAGGCUGGCCAUGAGCUUUGUAUUUUUCCUGCCUCCACCUCUUAAGCCGCUUUGAAUGCAGGCAUGUUCACCUUACCUUAGAGCCUUCUCUUAAAGCCAUGAUUACUUAAGAUGCAUUUGGAUCUGAAGAGCUUACUAGAAAUUCAUCCUGCAUUCAUUAUGAGUUUUUGACUUUAACACAAUUGAAUAAUACAAAGUCUGAAAUAGCUUUCAAGUAUGUCCAAGCAGAAAUAAGACCAAUAGAAAGGAACACAGAAAGGAUUUAUAUCUCUGUGUGGAGUCAGGUGAGAGUCCAUAUUAAGACAUUUGUAUAUCACUAUCAUUCUCUGUUAUCUCCAAAGAGAGUUGGAACACCAAUAAAGAUAAGUCUCUAUCAA